GAACUCGGCGAUUUUGAAAAUGACGAAGAAUUUCUCGUCUUAGUGAAGCGCUUCGAGCAAGAAAUCAGGGCUGGUAACUUGAAAGUCCCACAAGAACCGCGUCAUGUUUUGAAACCACCGUCUGGUGUCGCACAAGCGCACGCAGGAGCUCUACAACAGCCACUAGGUAUUCCCCAACAAACUGUGGAGGGCACACGUAUGGAGGCACCACUCUCCACUCUCAAUAUUCCAUCACCAGAACAUCUGGCUGGUCCACAUCAACCUUUUAUGGGUCCACAGCCACCCUCAGGGCAACGGCAAGCUCCAGUAGGACCGAAGCAACCUUUACCUGGUUUACAACAACAUUCAGUCGGUCCACAACCACCUUCAGGGUCGCAACAGCAUCCCCUAAUCGCCCAACAACAACCUUAUAUAGGUCCACAACCACCCUCAGGGCAACAGCAACCCUUAGACGCCCAACAACAAUCUUUUAUGGGUCCACAACCACCCUCAAGGCAACAACAAGGACCAUUAGAACCGAAGCCACCUUUACCUAGUUUACAACCACCUUCAAUGGGUCCACAUCCACCCUCAGGGCCGCAACAGCAAUCCUUAGACGCCCAACAACAGCCUUUUCUGGGCCCACAGCCAUCCUCAGGGGCACAACAACAGCCAUUAGGGGCACAACAACAACCUUUAGUGGGCCCACAGCAACCUUUCGAAGUUCCACAAUCACCGGUAGACCAAGAUACCACGCGACCUCCCAAACCCACUCGCAGAUCCGAGUCAGCAUACAAUGAAUCUCCUACCGGCCGGCCGACUGGCCGAGAGUUUAUAUAUGACAGAGACUAUGGAUUCGACCGAGACUAUCUAUACGACAGAGAUUAUGUAUACGACAAAGACUUUGCAUACGAAAGAGACUAUGGGUACGACAGUGGAUAUGCGUAUGACUCGUCCUACAGCGAUGGACCAGCCGGGAAAGUGAACGACCGAGACUACGGUCACCGGUACUAUCGGCACGAUCGCGAGGAACGGCGCCGAGAACUAGAUCGCGUCGACAAGGAACGUCGCAGAUAUGAAGAUUCCAGGGAUAGUGACCGUCGCCAUGAAGAUACACGCGAUGCCGUUCGAAGGGUGGGCAAGGAGAUCAUUGCAGAGAUACGUUCGCAAGUCCAGGUUGCAGGGUUCCAGCAGCAAGCCCAGCUUCGAGCACCACCGGGAGUCCCAUAG